UGCAGCACGUCGCAGCGAAGAAGACGUCACCAGGAAGUCGUCCCCCGGAAGUGCGCUUGUAACACGCUUGUAAACAACUCGCGAGCAGCCGACGGAUCAAGGUGUAAAAUAUUUAUCAUCGUUUUUUGAAUUUCACCAAACGGCAGAUUCCGAAUGAUUUAUUCCGAAUUGAUGUCUUGAAUCUCCGAUCGCGAUCUCUUUGUAUGUAGGUGUAGCUGAAGAUCAUGUCGAAGGAGGAUAACGUUAAAGUGUCGGAGGGGAUCGUAGAUCUCGAAGAGCCGAAGAAAAUGACCCGAGAAGACUGGAGGAAGAAAAAAGAGCUGGAAGAACAGAGAAAAUUAGGAAAUGCUCCAGCUGAAGUUGACGAGGAGGGAAAGGAUAUCAACCCUCAUAUUCCCCAGUACAUCUCAUCUGUCCCUUGGUACAUUGACCCAUCAAAGAGACCCACCCUCAAGCACCAGAGACCCCAGACAGAGACAGAGAAACAAUUUACACCCAUCGGAGAUUGGUACAAAAGAGGUGUCCAAGAAAAAUCAGUCAGCACAAAAUACAGAAAAGGAGCAUGUGAAAACUGUGGUGCCAUGACACAUAAGAAGAAAGACUGUAUGGAGAGACCCAGAAAAGUUGGAGCAAAGUUUUCUGGCACAGGCUUGGCACCAGAUGAGCACCAACAGAUUCAGCUCUCAAUGGAUUAUGAUGGAAAGAGAGAUCGCUGGAAUGGCUAUGAUCCUGAUGAGCACACGCGCAUUGUAGAGGAAUAUGCAAAAGUUGAUCUGGCUAAGCGUACUCUCAAAGCUCAGAAACUCCAGGAGGAGUUAGCUUCUGGUAAAUUAAUGGAUCAAGCUAAUUCAAGGAAGCAUCUUGUCGAUGAUGCAGCACAGGACCACAGCAGUGAAGAUGAGGAUGAUGACAAAUAUGUUGAUGACUUUGACAUGCCUGGACAAAACUUUGAUUCCAAGAGACGAAUCACCGUUAGAAACCUGAGAAUCCGGGAGGACAUCGCUAAGUAUCUCAGAAAUCUGGAUCCAAAUUCAGCCUACUAUGAUCCCAAGACUCGAGCUAUGAGGGAGAACCCAUACUCCAACACUGGAAUGAAUCCAGACGAGGUGGGCUACGCUGGAGACAACUUUGUGCGCUACUCUGGAGACACCAUUUCCAUGGCCCAGACACAGCUCUUUGCUUGGGAAGCCUAUGAGAAGGGAUCUGAAGUUCACCUCCAGGCAGAUCCCACCAAGCUGGAGCUUCUCCAUCAGUCCUACAGAGUCAAAAAGGAUGAAUUCAAAGAGAAACAGAAAGAGAGUAUUUUGGAAAAGUAUGGUGGGCAGGAACACUUGGACGCCCCUCCACGAGAGCUUCUGCUGGCUCAGACAGAGGAGUAUGUGGAGUAUUCUCGUCACGGGGCUGUGUUGAAAGGACAGGAGAAGGCUGUGGCCUGUUCCAAAUACGAGGAGGAUGUGCUCAUUAAUAACCACACGUGUAUCUGGGGAUCGUAUUGGAAAGAUGGCCAUUGGGGUUACAAAUGCUGCCACUCGAUGGUGAAGCAAAGUUACUGUACAGGAGAAGCUGGCAAGAAAGUAGUGAGUAAUUCUUGUAUUCCAUUUGAAGAUGAUGGAGAGGAGGCCCAAACGAGUAAAGAACCAAAGACACUUUUACAGAUGCACCAGGAAAAAAUGAAAGACAAGAAAAAGAAGAAAAAGAGCAAGAAACAUAGAGAUUCUGACAGCAGUGAUGAGGACGACGAAGCAAAAAAGACGGAAAAGCUGAAGAAGGCAUUGAGUGCGGAGGAGCAGAGGCUGAAGCAGGUGGCUGAAAUGAUGCAGCUCGACGAGAGGAAGCGGUCGUACAACAGCCUAAAGGAAGUGCGUGAACCCACAGAGGAGGAGAUGGAAGCCUUCCGCAUGAAACGUUGCCGACCCGAUGACCCCAUGGCCCCUUUCCUGGGGCAGUGAAUGAAAAAAUAAAUGUCUUUUGUCACCAACCACA